CACUGCCUCCUGCUGUCUCGGGUGAGGGCAGAGCUUUAGUCCCUAUCAUCUGCUAUCCAGGGAGGCAUUCAGGCUUCCACAAGGAGACCUUCCCGUCAGACACCCCAGCCAGCCACCUCCACCACAUGGAACUGAGCAACAAAACACGAAUUUCAGAAUUUCUUCUCCUGGGAUUUUCAGAGAGACCAGAACUGCAGCCCCUCAUAUUUGGGCUUUUCCUCUCCAUGUACCUGAUCACUGUGUUUGGAAACCUGCUCAUAAUUUUGGCCAUCAGCACAGACCCCAACCUCCACACACCCAUGUACUUCUUCCUCGCCAAUCUGUCCUUCGUAGAUAUUUGCUUCACCUCCACCACGAUUCCGAAGAUGCUGGUGAACGUCCAGACUCAGAGCAAAGUCAUAACUUAUGAGGACUGCAUCACACAGAUUUAUUUUCUCAUUCUCUUUGCUGUACUGGACGUCUUCCUCCUGAGUGUGAUGGCCUAUGACCGGUUUGUGGCCAUCUGUCACCCCCUGCACUACAUGGUCAUCAUGAACCCCCGGCUCUGUGGGCUGCUGGUUCUGGUGUCCUGGAUCAUGUGUGUCCUGAAUUCCCUGUUACAGAGUUUAAUGAUGUUGCGUCUGUCCUUCUGUACACACUUGCAUAUCCCCCACUUUUUUUGUGAACUCAAUGAGAUGCUCCAGCUUGCCUGUUCUGACACCUUUCUUAAUAACGUGGUGAUGUAUCUUGCAGCUGUCCUGCUGGGUGGUGGUCCUUUUGCUGGGAUCCUUUACUCUUAUUCCAAGAUAGUGUCCUCUAUACGUGGGAUUGCAUCAGCUAAGGGCAAGUAUAAAACGUUUUCCACCUGUGCGUCUCACCUGUCGGUCGUGUGUUUAUUUUACUGUACGAUGCUCGGCGUGUACCUCAGCUCUGCUGCUACCCAGAGCUCCCACUCAAGUGCCACAGCCUCGGUGAUGUACACGGUGGUCACGCCCAUGCUGAACCCCUUCAUCUACAGCCUGAGGAACAAAGACAUAAAGAGUGCUCUGAAAAGAAUUUUUUGGGGUCAAGUGAUGUAA